AAGUAUGAAGGCCUAGUGUUUGCUGUGCAAAUUGGUAGCCUAUAAGGCAGUAUUCAAUUGAAGUUGCGUUAUGGUUGGCCAACAACAUGUUUCAGGAAACCACAGAAAUCACAUGAGAGCACUUGCUAAAUGCUAAACUUAUUAAAGGAACAAACACAAAGUGUUGGCUGUGAGAGCUGUGUGAGAGCUAUGAGAGUGCAAUGAGAGACUUAUACUGUUUUGUUAUUUGGAUAUUAUCUUCCACAGUAGUAAUAGUUGAAGGAGAAAUAACACAUGUACCUUGUAAUAUGGUCGAAACGUUUUGUGGGAAUAAUUCCCUGACCCUGUAUCCGAGCUGUUUAGAGGAUACUAUGAGAAAAUGUAGAAAUCGAGGCCGGUUUUCCGGUAUCAAGCCAGGCUAUGGUAUCCAGAAAGUAUCCUCAAAUGCAACGAUGAAUAUGACAGAAGGAUACAUAGUUCACAUCCCCUCCGAAGCAGUAGAGAAGGGCAUAAAUGAGUAUGGGGAGAUUGGAAAAGAUAUAAACUUUAUUGUGUUGGUUCUAAACAAAACCUUCUUCAUGACAAACUCAGUUUCUGACGUCAUUGGAGAAAAUGUGUUGGGUGUGUGGCUUGGUGUGACAGAAGUUCAUAACCUUUCUGAGCCUGUUCAGCUCAAGUUUAAAAACACCAAUCAGAUUGAAAAUGGAGUGUGUGUCUACUGGAAUCUUGACGAAAAGACGGGUGGUAACUGGAGUGAAGACGGCUGUAGCACUGAAGUACAGAAUGAUGAAUUUGUGUGCAAUUGUCAUCAUCUGAGCUUUUUUGCAGUGCUCAUUAAUCCUAAAACUCCCGAAGAGAUUCAUAUCGUCAAUCUCAGCUACAUUUCAUAUGUCGGCUCAGCCCUUUCAAUAGCGUUUACAGGCCUCGUCAUCGUCAUAUUUCUUUGGCAGAGAAAGAAGCAGUCUGAGAAUUCAGUCAUGAUUCACGUACAGCUCACAGGCUCCCUCUUCUUGCUGCACAUCUCAUUCUUGUGCAGCGUCUGGUUUUCGGACCGGGGUGAUGAGGUAUGCCUAUCUUUAGGACUUAUUCUACACUGGUGUCUCUUGGCCACCUUCUCGUGGACGGCCAUCGAGGGCUUUCACCUGUACCUGCUGCUGGUGCGGGUGUUUAACAUCUACAUCAAGAGAUAUACCCUAAAACUUAGCCUUGUGGCCUGGGGUGUACCUACAGCAACUGUGUUUAUAUGUGGUAUAAUUAGUAAACAUACAUCAGUUUAUGGAAAAUACUCUAUUCAUGAGAAAAACCAAAACUCGACAAGCACGCCUAUAUGCUGGAUAACCUCACAGACCGCGAGCUUCAUUACAGUAAAUGGAUAUCUAGGCCUGGUGAUGAUCUUUAACACGAUUAUGUUUGGCGUGGUGUUGGUUAAAAUGCGUGAGUUAAGAUCGCAGGACGUUCGGACUAAAAACAAUAAGAGGCGGGUUUGGAAAGACUUGGUUUCUCUGCUCGGCCUCUGCUGUGUUCUGGGAAUCCCAUGGUCACUUGCUUUCUUCACCCGCACGCCUUUAAAUCUCCCUGCUCUCUAUAUGUUCACCAUUCUCAACAGUUUUCAAGGUGUUUUUAUUUUCCUGUGGUUUCUGACUCUCACAUGCAAAGCACGAGAAGAGGAAUAUGUGUCGUCAAAGGGAACGCUUCACGUCAGCUUCCAGAGUAAUGAGGAACGUGUAACCACAAGUUUUGUUGAUGGAAAGAAUUAACAUAUAAAUGUAUGAACAGAAUGGAAAUUGAAAUGCUCUUGGUCUUAGUAUAUUUUUAUGCGUAUAUUUUUCAAAUCGAGGACUGCAGACCCUCAGGGCAACAAGGGGGCACUAUGGGAUCUGUAUAAAUCUGAUGCAAAGAUACAGGAUAUAUUUUUCUAAAAUAUAUUUAUUUUGAAGUGUUAAUUGGUAAAUAAGUUGUUUAAUGUAUAUUUUUUAUUUACUAUAUAUUGGUUUUGUGUGUUCUGUCUUUGUUCUCGUUGUCUUAAGUUUGCUCACCUGACAGUAUUCUUUUUAGAUAAAUAUGGAACUAAAUUCAUCGUGUAAACAAACAAACAAAAACACUAGAGAAAUAAAUCUGAAUUUUAUUCAGGUUUGUACAGUACACCUGCUCUUUGCUCAAGCAAAGACAGUCUGUUGAACAAAUAA